CGCGCCCCUGGUGUUUGACAAACCGUGUGUUCAACCAAUCUGCACACCGAACGGAGAGAUGGUACGACAAGAUAACAAAUGCGUUGUUGCUGGCUGGGGAUAUACAACCAAAGGUGCGGCAAGUUGCGUUACAAAAGCUAGAGAUGUGACUGUCAGAGUGAUGCCCUGGACACUGUGCGAAGAGGCAUGGGGGGUAACGGUAGACUCUACGAAGCAUUUCUGUGCCGGUAUACCAGAAGGAGGCAAAGACUUCUGUACGAGCGACACGGGAGCUGCUCUCAUGUGUCAAAGAUGUGACAAUUGUGGCUGGUACGUUGCCGGAAUCGCCACCACCCAUACCGAGUGCGGAGAUGCUCUUGAACCCGGAGUCUAUGUGCAUGUUGAAAAAUAUGAAACUUGGAUCAAAGCACACGCUACACCGCUCGAUACAGGAACAUACUCUUCUUGUCACAUUUAAAACAAUAUCUGACAUGUACCUUUUAUGAGCAAAAUAUGUAUAAAGUCGAAAAGUAUAGAGCUUUUCUAAUAAAUAAAAAAAAUUAUUUUGUUUUCUGAAAAAAUAGCGUAGAAUAUUCUGAUAUCAGUAUAUUGCAUGCAGGUUUAGAUAUUUCUAAAUUCUUUUGUUUGACUAGUUUUGAUUUCAGAAUCAUUUCUAACUGUAUUUCAAAUUAUUUAUACUAUCAAAAAUCGCAUUUUAAUCAUAUUCUAAAAUAAAACAAUUGACAUAUUUUGCUCAGAAAAAAGUAAAUGUCUUCAGAUAAUAAUGACGGAAUGAUCUAACAUUAAGUUGACGAUGAUUUUUGUUUUUCCUUGUUCUUCAGCAUAAAAAAAAGAGUGAAAAUUGCUUAUUAUCCGCAAUUGCACAAAAAAAUACGAAAUAUAAUACCACAUAACUA